UUUGCUGGGAACAGUGGCGAGUUGUCCAGGUGCAGCUCACUAGAUAUGUGCGACUUGUGCACCGGGAAGGAGCUGAGUGAUCGAUGCCUUCUUUGUGACACACCUCCUUCUUUCAGUUUGGAAGACUCUUCAAUGUCGAAGAUGACGACGCCCAUUGCAUCCUCGAACAUGCCAGUCGAGGGUCUGCACGAGAGACGUACAAACGGUGACAAGCCAAAUGGAGGACACCCGAUGGACGUAGAAGCGCAGGAGAAGAUUCCCAUUGGAAUUCAUUCCCCCAUUCCUCCUGCUCCUGCAGCAAUUGUGGAAGAGGAAGAAGAUUUCAAAGUGGCAACUGUGAGCUACGCAGAUAUCGCGAAGCAAUUUUCUUUGCUGGGGUGGGUGGCUUUUGGAGGCCCCGCCGCGCACAUUGCUCUCUUUCAGAAGCGCCUCGUGGAGAGGCUCCGAUGGUUGACACUGCCCGUGUAUCUGGAGAUCUUCGCUCUCUGCCAGUGCUUGCCGGGGCCUGCUUCGACGCAAGUGUCUUUUGCAUUAGGCGUCUUGAAGAAAGGAGUGCUCGGUGGGCUCCUCUCUGGAAUCUUGUUUCAGUAUCCUGGUGCGAUUAUCAUGACCGCCAUCGGUGUCUUCGCAGCGAAGAAGCUUGAGAAUCCUCAAGGGUGGCUGGACGGAAUUGCAGCAGGUGUGGCAGCUGUUGGUAUUGCUCUUGUAGCCUCCGCUUCCAAAUCCAUGUGCAGAAAAUUGUGUGCCACGCCUUUGCUGGCGACCAUCUGCACGGUGACUGCCGUCAUUGCUUUCUACUGGCCGAAGCCCUAUACAUUUCCAGCCGUCAUCGUAGGGAGUGGAUUGGUUACGAUCUUCUGGUCGUACUACAAGAAAGAGACGCCGAAGAAGAAAACGGCCACAGAGGAUUCAGCGGGGAAGCAUGGGUUCGGGGUGUACGCCGGUGCUGUACUGAUAACCGUCUGGCUGGUUGCAUUGGUCAUCACGCUCAUUGUUCGGCGCGCAUCGAAGAAUCCAUCCAUGCUCCUCCAGUGGUGGGAGGUCUUCUACCGCACGGGCUCAGUAAUCUAUGGAGGAGGUCAAGUUGUGCUCCCAAUGCUUUACACAGACCUCGUCCAGCAGGACUGCAACAGCGAAGGUGUCUGCCAGGACAACCCCAGCACGUGGGUGACGAGCACACAAUUCUACGCGGGGUUAGGCGUGCAGCAGGCACUCCCAGGCCCGUUGUUCAACUUCUCAGCGUAUUUGGGAACGAUCAUGGCCAUCAAACAAGGAUAUACGUUUGUCGUCGGAGCCAUCAUCGCCUGGCUCGGCAUCUUCGUUCCUGGCAUCCUGCUCAUCUUUGGGAUGCUACCGUUUUGGGGGAAGUUUAGAAACUGGGGCUUGUACAACCGGGCUUUACCAGGCUUGAAUGCUGCAGGAAUUGGACUGAUCGUCACGUCGGUCUUUUCCCUCACGCUCGGCGCAUACAAGCAGAGUCCGUUCCCCAACACUUCCAUUUGUAUAGGGAUUCUAGGUUUCACCGCCGUGGAUCAGCUGCACUGGUUAGAGCCUCUUGUUGUCGUUGGCGGCGGAGUGGUGGGCGUCAUCGCGUGGGCGCUGAACAUGUCCUGAGACUGGCGUCGAUCUCACGGCCAUCACCGCUGAUGCGCAUCUAUCCAUUUGGUCAAGUAGAAUUAGUUCCGGAAAUCUUAUUUUCUCUUCACUAAGAGAUCCAUUGCUACAGAUAAAUGAACCCGUAACCCAGCCAAGUUGUGUCCCUUAUACCAUGUACUGUAGUGUGUCCAAGUGAUGCCUUUCUCCUUGUUUUCUGUGGGACAAAUGACAAAAGGCCAAUUUUUUCCUUUCUCAAGUUCUGGGUGCUUUGGACGAGAAUGACUGGUGGGUAAGUUGGAUAGGUGUCCACUAACCAGAGGUUUCAAUUCAAUGAAUAAGAAAUAUAACCCCUUACACUUGUUGGUGUGAGAUUCUAAUGUAUGUUU